CUGAUUUGGAACAUAGAGUAAGGGGCCCACCUGGGCUGACCAAUCAUGGCCGUCAGAUUUCACUUAUCCUUUCUAAUUAGCUUUCUCCCUGCUUAUCUUUCCCUAACCUGCCAAACUUCUUUCAGCCCCAACGUUUCAACCUAUUAUGCUCUGCCUCCUUCAACAAGGUUGAACAGCCCAUCCGUAAGUUUCUCUUUUUUGCUUCGUAUCCACAGCACCUCCGUGUCUAAUUAGACCUGACCCCUUCUCCUUUCAACGCCCCUUUAACUUUUGGUAAACGCACCUAAUGAUGUCUUAUUCUAAACGCGCAGUCACUAGCCAUAAACAUUGCAUGAAGAAAACGAAGGGUA